CGGGGAGCUGCGCCUCGGCAGCCAGGGGGCUUUUGUCACGGUGUCGGACCCGCGGGACCCCGAAAACAAGGCGGAGGGCGUCCAGGAUCUGGAGGAUUGGAAGCAGGCCCUCUGGGUCUCCAUGACCCAGGCGAUCAAUGGCGGCCAGGAACAGGUCGUGAUGGUCUUCUCCCGCGAGGGCUGCCCGUGGUGCGACAGGCUCCUGCCCGUCCUCGAGAAGGCCAUAGCCACCCGCGCGGCCAUCGCGAGCCCAGGCGCGGGCGGGCUGGCCAGCGCGCCGCUGCGCGUCUUCAUCUACGACGCGGGCGAGUUCGAACCCAUCGUGGAGAAGUUCCAGCUGCGGGGCUUCCCCAGCAUGCUAGUUUUCGGGAGCCCGGGCGUCAAGCCCCGCAUGGCUGCCGGGUAUCUCGGCGAUGAAGACUUUGCGAGGUUCCUGGACGAGGUUGCGUAUGCCCAGCCGGAGCCCGAGGUUGCGCCGAAGCCGGCGAGACGGAAGUUCUUCGGAUUGCGUUGA